AUGCAUGCCGUUCCAUACGUCAGUCACGAUGUUCUCUCAGAUGAAAAUCUUCGACAGGGUAUAAAAGACUACUCAAAUUGGCCAACUAUACCUCAAGUUUUCAUUAAUGGAGAGUUUGUUGGUGGUUGUGAUAUCAUGUUGCAAAUGCAUCAGUCUGGUGAAUUAGUUGAAGAACUCAAGAAAGUUGGUAUAAAAAGUGCUUUGUUGACAGCUGAAGAAGCUAAAAAAGAAGAUAAAAAG